GUAAGAGCAUCAUUGUUGUCUAGUGCUAGUCGUAUCAAAUGUUUUCACAAAACAUCUAAAAAUAUUUUUUCAUACAAACAAAAUUUAAUAAUAUUCAUUAAAAAAACACUUACUUUAAAACGCAAAGAACGAAAUCCGCUUUAAACAUAAACUAAAUUUGUUUUCUUUUAUAAAAACGAUAAAUAUGAGCUACAACGACAAAGGAGAUGGAAUCACAAAGGAAGAAUGGCUUUUGCGUUUAUCGCAAUUUCCCUUCAAACAAUCAGACAUGAACCGAUUAAUAAUGAAUUAUUUGGUCACAGAAGGAUUCAAAGAGGCUGCUGAGAAAUUUCAGCUUGAAGCUGGUUUGGAGCCAAGUGUUGAGUUGAGCUCUCUAGACGAUCGAAUACUCAUCCGAGAAGCUGUACAAAAUGGACGCAUACAAGAGGCAACACAUUUGGUCAAUCAAUUGCAUCCUGAAUUAUUGGAUAACGAUCGUUAUUUAUUCUUCCAUUUACAACAAUUGCAAUUGAUUGAACUUAUACGUGCUGGGAAAAUAGAAGACGCUCUUACUUUUGCUCAAACAAAAUUAUCUGAAGCUGGUGAAGAUAUACCUGAGGCUCUUAACGAACUCGAAAGGACACUAGCAUUACUGGCUUUUGAGAAGCCUCAAAACAGUCCAUUUUCUGAGUUAUUAGAACAAUCACAUCGCCAAAAGGUUGCCAGUGAGUUAAAUGCUGCCAUAUUAAAAUCUGAACACUGCGAAGAUUCAACUCCACGUGUUAUGUAUUUGCUUAAGAUGAUUAUUUGGGCCCAAUCCAAGCUAGACAGCUGCGAUGUGAAUUAUCCAAAGAUGAAAGAUCUCGAAGCAGCCCUCAUUGAGCCCAAACAAGUCUAGGAACGAAUUGUAGCUUAAUAUUUUUAUUUUGAAUUUUCUUUUUACUUUGGAAGGAAUUUUAUGUUGAAUCGUUAUAAGCUUUUCCUUUAGCGAAUUAGAUUACUUACUCUUUUAAGUUGAAACAAGACAAAAACAAGAAAAACCAAUAAUAGAUUAUACACAUAGUAGUCUGUUUUGUGUUGAAAUGAUUUUACAAUAUUAAGUGGCCCGAGUAAAAGGCACUUAACAUGCAAUUUUAAUGAAAAUAUACAUACAUAUAAAAGAAAACAUAACACAAUAAAAAAUUUAAUUUAAA